GAAGAGGCAGACAGCAGAAAGUAUCUUCAGAGACUUCUGCGGGCUACGAUAUAACAGAUCAGCAAUGUCAAUGGCAAGAGUAGCUGGAGGAGUCAACAGUUUGGGGCCGGGGGAGUGGCCGUGGCAAGCAAGUCUGCAGUGGAACAACAUCCAUCAUUGUGGCGCCACCUUGAUCAGCAACACGUGGCUGGUCUCUGCAGCACAUUGCUUCAAUGAGGCAUUGGAGCCACAAAAAUGGACUGUCAGCUUUGGGACCUAUUUAAACCCUCCUCUCAUGGUCCGGUUUGUGAAGAGCAUUAUUGUUCAUGAGAAGUACCGUUAUCCAGCCUAUGAACAUGACAUUGCGGUUGUGCAGCUGACUCAGCGUGUGGAGUUUACAAGGGCCGUUCACCAUGUCUGCCUUCCUGAUGCAGCCGAGGUGUUCCCAUAUAAGAUAGAUGCCGUUGUUACAGGAUGGGGAGCACUUAGUAAUGAUGGAGAAACCCCGAAUGUCCUUCAACAAGCAAUAGUGGGGCUCAUCGACUCCGGGACUUGCAAUAGAAAAGAAGUGUACAAUGGGGCUAUAACACCUGGGAUGCUGUGUGCCGGUUACCUGGAAGGAGGGGUAGAUUCCUGCCAGGGGGACUCUGGCGGCCCAUUGGUUACUCCGGAUACCAGAGGCAUGUGGUACCUUGUUGGCGUCGUCAGCUGGGGGGAUGAAUGUGGCAAACCCAACAAGCCGGGAGUCUACACGCGGGUGACCUACUAUCGAGACUGGAUUGCUGCCCACACGGGGCUCUGACACCCCAGCUGCA